AUGGCGAGACAUCGUUAUCGCAAGACCCGAGUUCGUGGGAAGAAGAAACAUCACCGACUGUCAGGUGUGAAGAAGUUUAUGCCGGUAUCUUGUUUGGAAGUACUGUUGCAUUUGCAUCCGACAUCAUCGACUUCUCGAAAUGAUAAAGAAGGUAGUGAGAUACCAAUAUUAGGGGGUGGAAACGUUGCCAGGUGUCUAGAUGGAGGAACAGGCGGAGUUUUCCACCAGCGGAGUCACAUGAACCCCAAUGCCGCCCCUUUUAUACCUAGCAACGAACGACAACAAGUCGCGCCGGUUCCGGAAGACCAGCCUUCGCUUAUGCAGUUGACGCCUUUUCCUUCACGUCUCCCACCACCUUCCUACGCGCCCCUCUCUACCUAUCAACCAGCCCACCCAUCCUUUGGCUCUGAAUCCUUUUUUGGCCCAUUGAAAGCUUCUUGCAAUUUUGAUAUCCCUGCCUAUUACUUCUUUGCUCAAGAAUCUGCAUUUACGCCUUUCCGCUGCGAGUGUACGUUCUGUUGCUACGCACAAAUGGCUCCACCUACUGCAGACGCCCGCAACUGCCAAAGCUGGGCUCCUCCCGCACCGAAUCACGGAUAUCAUGGCCCAGCAACCUUUAAUCGUCUACCUACGCAGAUGCAACCCCAAGGACCAGUUGUUUCCCAGCAGCAAUUGAAUUCGUCCUCUGCCAACCCAACUGCUCGAGGAUAUCAGACCCAAUUUAUCUCAACGCUUGCAGUCCACCAAACCCCUUGUGUUCAGGGAAGUUUCCAGCCAGCUGCUUUGCAAAAUGACGCGUCUGCUGCACCAAGAGAAUACAAAGGUCCCUUGAUUGUUCCUCCAAAAUCAGUCCCAUCUAUUGCUGGUGCAAAUACUCAUCAAGCUCUUCAUCAUACAGAACCUUACGAAAGAGCUCCACGCCUACAAGUAGCACACCAUCAAACUGUAACUGCACCAUCAGCUUACACCUUAGCGCCAAAUACGUUUUCAGGCACAGACCCUCGCUUAGCUUCAGUGAACAAUAUUUCUGUCACAAGCAGUACUAUCAAUCUUAACGGAAAAGUUAUUGAUAUUCCCAUUGAUGAUGGAGCAAGACAAAGCUCCAUCCCUACCGCUGGUGUUCUUAAAAUUAUGAAUAGACGUGAAGCUGAUACCUCUUUGAAGAUCCCCUAUGGUAUUUCGAAGCAAGAAGUUCUACACCUAAUGGGUCGACGAGCCAGGUUGUUGCCUUCUUGUAUUGGUACUCCAGUUCAUAUCAUUAUGGAUCGAUCUACUGCGAAAACUAUGGAUUGCUAUGUUGAAUUUCUCACCUCUGCAGACGCUAAGGAAACUCUUGAAUGGUUGAAUCGCGGCCUCCCAUCAUCACCCCCUCACCUUGGUGACCGUGUUGUUGAUGUUGAAAUAAGUUCUCAGGAUGAACUGUUAAAAGAUCUCUUUCCCCGUGCUAAUUGUAUCCUUUGGAAAAAUGGACGGCCAAUACUUACUCCCAACAAUGAUCCCUACUCUGUAGGAUUUAAAGGGUUUCUUACUACAGAAGAGAUUUACUGCAUGAUUCGCAAUGCCGAGAUGCCUAGACGAGCUCCUUUCGCUAGCAAAUGUCCUCAAAGGACAUACGAAUCGCUUGCAAGUACUUUAUACAAGUUUCCCUGGCAUGCAACGGCACUAUACACAGUCGAAGAUCGUAACGCGCUUUACUAUGCUUGCUAUCGUCAGCUUGAGGCAUUGGUACCUCGUGUUGCGGAAAAACAGACACUUGGUUUGGAUAGUCGACUUGUUCUAGAUCUGCUUGCGGCUGGGCUCCGUUGCCCGACAUUUUCAGAUCGUCAAAAGGCUGCUUUGUAUGCUGCUGCUGGCGACAUGAAUGCCUUUAAUGCUACACCUGCUACUGCUAAAUACUGGCCCUUUGAUACCCUCAUUUGCAAGUCAAAUGCAAAUGAAGAGACAGUGAAUAAGUUUGCUCGCCUCGUUGCCGCCGGCGUUGGACAGAAGAACCCAGGCAACAAGGUUCUUGCUAACAACUGGGUGCCCCGCCAGGGGGUUAGCUCUCCUUUUGGCUGUAUUUGGCUGGAGUUCGGCCGUGGCCAUGCCCACCUCAAGUGGGACAUGGCCAUCCAAUAUGAAACGAAGGUCCUGCGGGAGGUAGUCUUCGAGGGCCUUAAGGCCACCCGCGAAGGGCCCCAAAGGGGUUCUUCUACCCCCAGAGCGGCGGGGAAUAAUGGCAUGGCUCGUCGCCCUUAG